AGACUGAAAGACUGCAAGCAUCAAACCAGAGUUCUUCUGUGAUUUUACAAAGACAGCAGGCCUCAUUUAUCUACAAAAUGCAAGCUGUUGGUCAGUGUUCAGCGUGUGCCAGCCGUGCUGCUGGAGGACUACUGCGAAAUCAGAGAGACUUGUCUCUGCUGAGGACCAACAAGAAUGUGCUCAGGAGAGGAGCAGCCUGUAUCCGUUUCAUAAGCCAUUCUGAGAGUGCCCUAUUCAGCAGGAAGCCUGGAGUUCAGAAGUUGGGGGAACGAACAGAUACUGAGCACAUCAGCAAAGCGCCUUUAGGUGUCGGCCGUGGGCUUUAUUCUACCCCUUUUACACAGCGAAUGGAAAACCUCUCUCAUGACUCCCUGAUCAGAAGAGCUGCCUCAUUGGUUACAGACAGUUCAAGUACUUUCCUCUCCCAGACCUCCUUGGCUCUCACAAAUGCCCUGACCGACUACUCAAAAGCUGUGCACACACGCAUUGUUGUCCAAAGACGGUAUUUAGCCUCACUGGGAAAACUGAACCAAGCAGAGAAGGAUUCAUUCCUGGAUGUGAUCAAUAGCCAGCGUGCAGAGGCUAGUGACAGACUACAUGAAUGCAAACGUGUUGAGUCAACCUGGAUCAAUGCUGUGAACUUGUGUAAAAUGGCAGCCGAGGCAGCCCACACCUCAGGAGCCGAGCAGGCGUCCAUCACAGUCAGGACAAACAUUCAGGUUGCCCAGUCGCAGGUGGGGGAAGCUCAAAAAAUGUCAGCGGAUGCAGACAAAAAGUUGGCCGAGACAAAAGUGGAGGAGAUCCAAAGGAUGGCAGAAUAUGCUGCCUUUCUAGACGAUAGCGAGGAGCAUGAGGUGCAUGAGGCGUAUCUACGAGAGGACUAAGACAAAUAGACAUACUGGAAACAGCAAAAGAUAAAUAAGAGCAUGCUCUAAGCUUUCAAAAACUUAGAGCUUUCUAUGUUUGUUUUCUCUAUUAUAUUUCUCUUAUUUCUGAAAUUAUUACAUUCAUUAAUGUUGCAUUCAUGUUUUUUUACGACUAUUUAUUUGAUUAGUGAAUGCCAGCUGCUUUUUGAGCAAUGAUGGAGUAAUGAUUAUCAAAAUUGCGACCCUUAACUGGAUAAGCAGGUUACGGAAAAUGAAUGAAUGAAUGAAUGAAAUCUUCAGUUAAUAUUGUAUGGCGUUGGGGCUUAUCCAACAUUGGAUCACAAUUUUGUUUUGUUGUAAUGAAAACAUAUUUUUAUAAUGCUGUUGUUUGCAUCAUUGUUUUUUUCACUGAUCACAUAAUAGCAAAAAAUAAAAUUAUUUUUGACUGG